UCGAACAAAAAAGAGGAAAAGCGGAAGUUAGCGUAGCAACCCCUACGUCAGUUGGACAAAUUGUUCCCUUGUGGGGUCGCUUAACUGUCUAGAACAUCAAAAUGUUGAAAGACUUGGUAAGGGAGCGACUCAUUGCGGCGGCCGACGAAAUCUACGUGCUCUUUGAACGAACGAUAGCGUCGUACGAGGAGCAACUUUAUCGGGCGAGAGAGGAGAACGAACGACAAAGACAACAACUGGAAGCUGUUUGCAAGACUCAAAUGUUGCUCCGCGUCGAAGACGUCCAGCAGCUGAUUGCUCGUCAACAAGCACUUUCCCCUCAGCCAUACGGCGGGACCUCCAGUUCGGACCAGCAGCAGCCCCUCCACUUUAAGGAGGAAGAGGAAGAGGCUGAUGUUAGCAAGUUGCCACCAACUGUCAUCUCUGUGAAGAGUGAAGACGAUGAAGGCGAACCACCUGAAUCGACACAGCUUCAUCGCAGUCCAAGUGAAGAUUACUGUGGAGGACCACCCGCAAACAACCUCUUGGCGCCACUGUCAGACAACGAUGCUGAAAUGCUCCCCGACAGCGAGACAGACUGUGAAGGUGACGACAAACAGUUGAAACGCUCUGAAGAGAAGACAACCCCUGGCAAAAAGAAAACUUUACAAUUGCGUAAACGUUUUAGCUGUGCAUUUUGUGGUAAGAGUUUUGCUAAAAAUCAACAUAUGAUUAGACAUAUGAGAACACACACAGGUGAAAAACCUUUUCGUUGCGCUGUUUGCGGGAAAACAUUUGCUCGAAAAGAACAUGUGGAAUCACACAUGAUAACGCACACGGGAGAAAAACCUGUUGGUUGCUCAUUGUGUGGUAAAAGAUUCUCUCAUAAGUCGUAUAUGAGAACACACAUGAGAACACACACGGGAGAAAAACCCUUUAGUUGCUCAGUUUGUGGCGAAAGCUAUUCUCAUAGGUCCAGUUUGACUGCACACAUGCGGGGACACAACAUUGAGAGAAUCAUGGUUUUACAGUAAUCCUCUGUUACCUUGCACCAUGUAUUGUUUUUAUCCAAUUGUAUUAGUCUGAAGAACUGCAAACUUGGGCGUGCAGUUCCCUCCAAAUUAGGGGUUGAACUGACUAGUCGAUAAGGCGACUUUACUUCCCCGUGUCAACUUUUAAAACCAGAAGCCAACUAAUCAGUAAUCAUGUGUUUACAGAGGAUUUUCAAUCCCCAUGGCUGCCAAAUGUUCGGCCACCAAGACGACACAGUCUUCAUGUGUCUGCGUGGGUCCGCAAGUAAAAAAAUAAAUAAAAAUAAUAAUAAUAAAUGAUGGUUGUGGAUGAGAAUAACGGUUAUCUUCGCAAGCUUUGUUUAUUACGAUAUAUGCCAAUAUUCAUACCAGCCGGACUACGAGACAGGCUGCAAGGAAUGAGGGCAGUGAAGUGAAGCCACCCCCCCCCCCCCAACAUGACACUGAGAGUGGCCCCCUGUUGCAACAGCUCUGUUUCACGGUUGAAUUUGAAACAGGUUCUUUUGUAACUGUUAAUAGAUGCUUUGGAAAAGAUUCUCAGAAUUUUAGGUAUACGCUCGGUGGGAUGUUCAUCAAUACAUAUUUUUUCAUGUUGACUGUUGUUCUAGCUGUCGCCUUCGUGUCGGUCUCAACCUAGGGGGUAUUCCAGCAAGCAGGUUCAACAUGCUCUUACUCUAAACCGGAGUUUUAAGUUGACUUCCCCUGAACACAAAUCCUGGGAUCAUUUGGGUCCAGAACAGCUGAUCAGAAUCAGAAUCAUCUUUAUUUUGCCAAGUAUGUCUUAAAAACACACAAGGAAUUUGUCUCCGGUAGUUGGAGCCGCUCUAAUACGACAACAGACAGUCAAUUGACAGAGAACGCUUUUCAGACAUAAAGACAUUGACAAAAACAGUCACUGAGCAAUAAAGGUUUGCUAAUUUUCUGGUAA